AUGCGAGCGUUGAGGAAAUAUCGUGAGCAGACUGAUUGCUUGAGGCAUUUGAUCGAGGUCGAGGAGGUAGAUGAAGUAGGAUUAUGGGUGUAGGGAAUUCAUCUCCCAAGUCAUCUGGAAGAAGAAAACGAGAAGAAAAUGGAGAACCAGACGACUCCUGAGAUAGAUUCCCUAUACCUCUAAUAGGAGUAGAAGAGCAAGCUUUAGACGUGAAGGAUGCGGCGUCUGCAUCAGUGUCUCCCACGCUACCAGAAUAUCCUUCAGUAGAGUCCGUCGAAACCACACCCCCUUCAAGAAAGCCAGCCUUUUCAUCACGACAAACGACUGCGUCUUCCUCUUCGAGCAAAGAGCAACAAGCCGAAUCAGCAGCAUCGGCGAAUAAGGAAUCAAAUAAGGGCUGCGGCUCUCCACCAGAACAGCAGGUAAGAGCAAGGCAUUCGUGUCUUUCAUCAGCGAGCGCUGCGGCUACUGGGCGGGACAACUCCUUGGCUUUGUCUAGAGGACAGGACUUGUUGGCGAGGUCUCGCUCCUCAGAUAUGCAGCCAACUGACAGGUCCUCCUGCGAUGGGCUCGGAACUACAACUACGAGCAGUGGGAGCAAGCUCGAGGAUGAACGACAACGACAGCAGACACCUAGAAGUUGUUCAAGAACUACAUCAACAGGAAGGCUAACUCAGCAAGCGCAACAGCAACCCACCUUUGCCGACGAUGUCCUCUGGGCACUUUCAAAUCUAGACACCGAGGAUUUUCGACGAGCUGCGGUGUUGUUGAGUCAAUACCGUGAGCAACACCCGGAUUACAGCAAUGGUUUUGCUCGGUGUCGGUACACUGCCAGCCUCAAUGCUGGGUUGAGUAGCUCAAGGAAACUGCUGUUGAAAAUGCGCUUAAGGCUGAUCCUCGUCACCUUUAGAUGAAUAAUCGAGCUUAGAUUAGGACAGUCGUGACAGUCUGGCCUCGACAGACAAGACAGCUUUUUUACAAAUUCAUCCUGCUACUUCUAGUUCUGUGUAGUUGUACAUAAAGAUCAUGAAGCAAACACCCUUUUCAAGCUCUAACCUCUUCCCAAGACAAGCUUUUCCCGGACACACAUAUGCGGGAGCUCCGAAUCGCACUAGAUAUAGCGCGAGUGCGAAAAGGCAGACAGGUCCUCGAAGAUCAGUUGAUAUCCAGCGAGGCUAGUAGAAAGCGCGUAGAGGAACGUGCCAAGAAACAAGAUAGCCUGGCAGAAAGAGCUGCGGCCUUCCUCGUAGAUGGUGUGAUGAAAGAGGAAGUAGGAGUAGACGCUGAAAAACAAGUGGGCAAAAAUGAGUCAGAACAUCUUCAAGAACAGCAACAAGAAAAUGAAAAGCAAUGUCGUGAACAAAAACAGGAUAAUUUGAAUCUUGAAGGUGGUUUUUUAAUAGCGUCUUGUUCAUCUUCCUCAGGUUCGCCUGCCCCUCCCCUACCUACAAACCAAGAAGACCACUAUGGCAAAGAGCACAGUCAACUACCCAGUAAACCCCGUCGACCAUCGAGUUUCACAGCGCAGGACUUCGCGUCAAUAACUCCAGCAGCCCAUGAAAAAAUCGUGUCGCGGCCGCCGCGUCCUGGUUGCUUUCAUCUAACCAACGAUGAAGUCGGAGGUGGAGCAGCCAAAGAAAGGAUCUCUGAAAGCGGAGGUGGUUCUUCUGAUCGACAACAAGGAUGCGAGGCAACAAAAACUGCUGGAGAAGAUGCUGUAGUCUCUAUCUCGCCAGGAUCUAGAGUUAAGGGCUUCCGAAUUACAUCCCUCACUACCAUCCUUGGCUCCUUUUCAAGGGGGAAAUAGGUCCAGGAUGUUCUGAGGAAUGCAAUUCGGCAACCUCUAAUAGAGAGGACAAAAAUACUUGGUCUUCGUGGUGGUUCGGCCAACCGCAGAGACAAAGACAUGCUCAGAUAAUCGACAACAUCAGCAACCAUCAAGAGCAUCAGCCUCCACGACAUGCAGCAACCCCGAUGACAAUGGAUGACUGGUCGGAGGACCUGAUGGUCCCCUACGAGCAAAUGUACUUUUACUAUCUGCCGAGGAGAGAAGCAGGACACAACUUCUACCACCCGAGCUGCGCCACUUCUCAGACUGCUGAGAUUUCAAGGCUGUUGGCGGAACAAUGCAAUCACCGGGCGACCUAAUAUUAGUCAAAGAUGAUUUAUUAUGGUCGAAUUUGAUGCGGCUAUCACUAUCUCUACCAACUACCUUUUUAUUUUUUGAGAAUAUAUCAACAGUGCCACUACCUACUUUUUAUUGGUAUUUUGUCAUUGGGUCACACACAUCAUACUACUUACCAGUUGCCGGAUGAGCAGCUGCAGCUAUGUAUCCACAUCAUGUCGCGCUCCUACAUUUUUCUAGACGGCUGGGCUUGCUUUACAAAUUUCCUGCAACAUCUUCCAUGUAUUGACGGAUACCCAUAAUUUUUGUACUGCAAAAAAUACGAUGAAGUACAUACUUUAGAAGAUUCGGCAAAAACAUAGGGCGCGACGCGUGACUUGCAUCAUUCCGAACAUCGACGAUCGAAUUGCUGCGAAAAGAGUGUGGCUCUACCUGAGUGUAUGUCGUAAAAAUAGUGA